GUCCAUUCAGUUUUCUCGUUCGUUCUAUCGCUGAGUAUUACGCCGACAAGGUGCGUUAUAUCGAGAGACAUGGCGCUCAUUUCCACAAGGGCGAUUUUCAGUCCCGUGCUUAAGCAAACCUUGAAGCAGCUCAUCUUCGCGAAGCAAUUGCCAAACUGCUAUCGUUGUCAACUGAACACUCAGUUGUUUCUGCCAACUAUCACCAGCCAGAGGUUCUAUGCAGAGAAGCAGGUAUUCAGCCGUGAUAAGCCACAUUGUAAUAUAGGUACUAUUGGUCAUGUGGAUCAUGGUAAAACAACUCUAACAGCAGCUAUUACCAAAAUAUUGUCUGAAAAGCAACUAGCAACAGCUAAAGGAUAUAAUGAGAUUGACAAUGCUCCUGAGGAAAAAGCUCGCGGCAUUACCAUUAAUGUCGCACAUAUUGAAUACCAGACAGAAAAUCGUCAUUAUGGACAUACAGAUUGUCCAGGUCAUGCUGAUUACAUAAAAAAUAUGAUUACGGGAACUGCUCAAAUGGAUGGUGCUAUACUGGUUGUUGCUGCUACAGAUGGCACAAUGCCACAAACUAGAGAGCAUUUGCUUCUUGCGAAACAGAUUGGAAUCAAGUAUAUUGUUAUAUAUAUUAAUAAGGUGGACGCCGCUGAUUCAGAAAUGGUAGAGUUGGUAGAGAUGGAAAUACGGGAAUUGCUUUCUGAAAUGGGUUUCGAUGGCGAUAACGUUCCUGUAGUGAAAGGCAGUGCGCUCUGUGCGCUUGAAGGAAAGAAUCCAGAAAUCGGUGCACAAUCUGUCCUGGAAUUGUUGGAUGCAGUAGACAAACAUAUUCCAACUCCAAUCAGAGACUUAGAUAAACCUUUCUUACUUCCGGUAGAAAAUGUUUAUUCUAUUCCUGGUAGAGGUACCGUGGUCACUGGUAGACUCGAACGCGGAAAAAUAAAAAAGGGAACGGAUUGCGAAUUCAUUGGUUACAAUAAAGUUUUCAAAAGUGUGAUCACAGGUAUAGAGAUGUUCCAUAAAAUAUUGGAAGAAGCCCACGCCGGAGAUCAACUCGGCGCUCUAGUGAGAGGUGUAAAAAGAGACGAAGUUAGAAGAGGAAUGGUAAUGUGCAAACCUGGUUCAAUGAAGGCAUAUGAUCAUGUGGAAGCACAAGUGUAUAUUUUAAGCAAGGAAGAAGGCGGCAGAAAAAAACCGAUUGCAAAUAUGAUACAAGUACAGAUGUUCUGUAGGACGUGGGACGUUGCAGCACAAUGUUUGAUAGUAGGGAAAGACAUGGCCAUGCCGGGAGAAGACAGCACAUUCAUAUUAAAAUUGAUAAGACCAAUGGUAUUGGAGAAGGGACAACGUUUUACAUUACGAGAUGGAAUGGUAACUUUAGGAACUGGCGUAAUUACCAACACCCUAAAAUCACUUACAGAUUCAGAGCGACACGAUCUUCUCGAAGGCAAGAAGGCGAUAUCGAAGAAAGAAAAACAAGCACAAAAGAAUUAAUAGAUUUGAUAAUUUGAUAAGUAUUUGUUACAUGGAAAGAAUCAUGCUGCGCAAUAAAGAAAAUAUAAAUCAGUCUAGAUAA